CCGGGCACAACCACAACACCGCGUCUAUUUGUGGUGUCGCCGGAAUUUUUUUGGCGCAACGCAAGUGCUUGUUGUGGAUGGUUGCUGCUUGAUCAAAGCGCCCAUACACAAAUACACACGAGACGACAGCAGCGGUCUUGUUCUUGCUAUGGGCGACCAACAACGGUUUCGCCACAUUGGCGAUACCACAAAAGCCAAGCCAGUCUUUGGCGAAACAGACUCGAUACGCAUGACACACACCUACAAGCUUCGUGUUGGCCCAAAUUACUCCAAACGGAAACAAAAGGAGGCGUGCACAGACGCCCUCUAUGAUCUCGUCGCAUGCGACCUCUUCUCCUCAGCAAAGAAGAUUACCAACAUCUGCAAGCACGUGCAGCUGCCCACGCUUCCUCCCGGCAUGGGCAAAGUCAACGACGUCCCUCCGUUCUUCGUCGUCAACCUCCUCCUCCCCAUGUACCGACCGCCAGUGCUCCGUAGAGGUCCAGAAGACGGAGAAACAGUCCACCUCGUGCUGUACUUUCUUCUCAAGCCGGCGUCGCAGAUUAUGCUUCACGAGGACAACAUCGACCUGGAGGCGCCGGGCGUUCGUCUUCUCCGUAACUUCAUCUUGAACGACGACAUGAAGGACAGAUUCAAGAUGAUUGCUGGGUUGAUGAAUCCUGGAGAGAGCCUGUCCAUGACCACGGCAAGUUUGGUGCGGUCAUACAACUUCAAGCCGCUGUUGACACGCCCCCAGCACGAAUGGUCCACAGACGGUGAAACAUACAUUGAGUGCGCCAUUGAUGUGCAUCGUUUCAACUUUCUCACACGCACCACCUGGCACAGCGUUCGAGGAUCGACGUCCAAGCUCAAUAUUGAGGCGGCGUUUACCAUCGAGGGCCGCGGCGAUGAUGAGCUGCCAGAGUGGUUGCUGGGACACAACAUCUUCCACCACCUCGAUGUUGCUGACGCCGUUCGCAUCGACCAAGACACCGAACCCAUCAUCUCGCAGACGGAGAUCAGUGACGCCGACGCGUAUGCCAUCAGCGACGUGGCGCCACACCUGUACCCUCCAACAGGGGAGGUGCUGUUUGGCGGCGUGCCCUGCCCAGAGGUGUUGGUUGGACGCACCCCGCACGAGUCUGUCCUCACUCUUGCGCAGCGCGACGAUGCAAAGGAAAUUCCUGUCGUCAGCAACGACUCCUUGUCGGACGAUGAGCACGUCGGUGUCGGCGUGCGUACGGUGCAGUCUGUGGAGGAGGUGUUCAGUUCCCCGUCACCACUGGCAGGGCGCAACGCCCAUCACGACACACGACAACAGCAACAACAACAACAACAGCAGCAACAGCAGACAUCUACUGCUCCAUCGUCGCUGUCGUCGUCGUCAUCACAUCUCGCAACAACAGCAGCAACCACAGCAGUGUCGAGCCGCAGCGCAAGCACCAAAAGCAAGCGCAGUGGCGAUGCUGCUGGUGGCGGCGGUGAUGGCCGAAUGGAAGGUGAUGACCGUGUUGUGUUGUCACCGUCGUCGUCGUCGUUGUCGUCGCAGCACCCGGGUGCCAAGUUUGUGACAGACGUCGACAUCAGCACGAGGAAGGCGCGUCAGGCGCGUCGCCUCUCGCGCCGCAAGUCCUCCAGUGGAACACCGGACCGAGCAUCCUCCUCAUCCGUCCCCGCACACACGCAUACGCUCGCGCACACGCCGGGCAGGCAGGGGUCAGGCCACAGCUUACACAGCGUACACAGCAGGAAGACGAGUGGCGCGAGCGUGGGCAGCGAACACAGUGGCGGUUCCAUGCACGCGCACACGCACGCGCACACGUCCCGCUCACACACGCAAUCGCCAUCACGCACUCACGCGCACGCGCACGCGCGCACACACGCACGCGCACACAGCGGCGGUGUGGGCGAUGCUGGCAAGAAGAAGAAGAAGAAGAAAAAGAAGAACCCGAAGAAGGGCCGUGGAAGCCGCACCCACCACGAUGAUCACGAUCACGGUGAGAAUGAUGGUGCCGAUGGUGGUGGCGCCAAUCGCAACCUUCAGCAGCACCAGCACCAGCAGCAGCAGCAGCAGCAGCAGCAGAAUGAGAGGUAUGGGCGCGAUGGGGCAGCAAGGCGGUUGCACGAUCACUUCCAUCACCGCAUCAGCCCACCACACCCGCCAGCAAGCGGGCAAAGAAGACAGCGAAUGGACAACAGCACCACAGCAACAACAGCAACGGUGCCAUCUUCAUCAUCAACAGCAGCAACUACCACACCGCCGCCCCCACAUCAACCACGCAUCCGUGGUGCAGGGACAGCAGGGGCGCGAUCAGCAACGUCGAUAUCAACAGCGUCGCCGUCACCAGCGCGCCCGCGCGUUCGAGUGGAGGGAACCGUGCACAUGUCGGAGGAGCAGGCACGAGAGGUACAGGAGCUGUUGGAAGCGAUGGUCAGCACGGCCAGCAGCGACACGCCGGGGCUGGACGACACGCACGCGAACGUCACCACCCACCAGCACCACCGCAGCCCUGAUGGUGGUCGCGGUGUUGGCAAACAUGACGGUGCGAAUGACACACGUGACGCUCCUGGUCACGGUCACGAUGGCGGCGAUGACAAUGCAUCGUCGGAUGACGAAUUUUUCGAGUGCUUUUCAGAGCCGUGGGUGCACUGCUGACGCGCACUGCUGGUGGUGGUGGUGAUGAUGAUGAUGAUAUUGAUGAUGAUGUUGUUGUUGUUGUUGUUGAUGUUGUUGUUGUUUAAGUUGUUGUUGUUGUUGUUGUUGUUGUUGUUGUUGUUGU